AUGGACUUCGAAGUUUGGGAUUCUCCUGUCGCGGACGAAUUCGUCAGGAUCAUCGGUUCAAGUUUGGACCCAUCCGACAAGGAUGCAGACGAGCAACUGGAGGGAUCAGACCAGAGCCAGGAAGAGGCUCGCAUCCCGAUCUCAGACGUGUACGAGCGAGCUGCAAGCUACAUUGCGGACUUUCAGGCCACCCGAGGGGACAUCAUCCGGGCCACCCCGUGCUACGAAGCCCUAAGGGGCUUCGGCUGGGCUUUUCGCUUCCCCAAAGCGGCAGAUUACCACAGGAGCUUUCCAACAGACAAGAUUCAAGAGUUUUGGUCGCACUCUUGGCAUGGAAGCGCCCUGCGGAAGAUUUCCACGGUAAUGGUGCAGAAGAACGGCCUUGCAGCCAUCUCUGCGGGAACUUUGGCAUCACUUCUUCUUGUCUGUCUUUUCGUGGCUGGCUAUCUUCCCGGCUAUGAAAGGGCACCUUUCCAGCAGACGGGGAGGGACUCCUACUUGUUCGGCAUCUGGGGAAUGGUAGGCGGAACUCUCGUCGCAAUUGUUACCCUAAUCGGGUGGCAGUGUCGCACCCCGAUUUUCGUGGAUGUGAUGUGCAUACAUCAGUCAGAUCCAGGCUUAAAGUCAGAAGCUCUGCUCAGCAUGGGAGCUUUCCUGCAGAGCUCUGAAUCCUUACACGUGUGGUGGGAUGAGACGUUUGUGGAGAGGCUCUGGUGUGUCUUUGAGGUCGGAGCAUUCCUCGGAAGCUGCAAACUUUCAGAUUCUGGGCGUGCCAAGACAUUGGUCAUCAGGCCGACUAUGCUUGGAACGAGCUCCAUAGCUACGUUUUUUUCUUUGUUUGUGGCUCAUGUCAGCUUCAUGGUCAUCCCCUUUGACGACCUUCUACUUGGCUGGAUCAUCUUCUCCGUCCUCUUCCUUGCUGGUGGGCACUUUGCUGCACGCUCCUUACGGAGCUACUUUGCAGCUGUGGAGGGCAUGCUUGUCCAGCUUCGCAACUUCCGCAUCCGAGAGGCCAAGUGCCAAUGCUGCAUGGAGGGUCACACAGAAGAUGACUCCAAUCCUUAUUGUGACCGUGAGAUUAUCAGCAUUUGCAUUCGCAAGUGGUUCGGCACCGAGUCUGCUUUCGAAAAGUUGGUCGCUACCGACGUGUCCGCCGCUUUGGCCAGAGCCCUCGGAGAUUCAUCCUUCUCCUACCGGUGGCUCUUGAUGGUCUCGGCUCCAUUUUACUGGGGGUAUAUGGACCAGGUGGCUGCCCGAUUGCGUGCGGGGGACAUGAAGGAUGCGGCCGUAACGGCCAUCAUCACCCUGACUUUCUCGUUCCUGGCCUUUCCUUUCAUAGGACGUCUCGGGAUCAUCCUGGCAUGCAAGGCUCGGCGCCAGCGGCAACAACUGUGGGCAAACGAGCUAGUGACCUUUGCAGUGUUCGUUGCUGGCUUUCCGGUCGCGGGUGCCAUUCUUACCAUGCCCCACGGCGGCACGAUGGCCGCAGCCGAGGCAAAAGUUCGAGUGGAGGGCCUCCGUGAGUGGCUGCAAAGUGGCGAAGGGACCUUCGACAUCCAGCAGAAGUAUGCCGAGAUUUUCUAUGGUUGGGGCUACACGUCCGUCCCGGUCACGCUGGUGAGCUGUGAGGGCCGGGGCCCCACAUCUUUGUUUGUCUUGCUGGUUCUGGCUGGCUUUGGCAUGUAG